UUGAUAUCAGUAUAAAGUUGGAUCUCCACGGUUCUCUGUCUUCUUCGCUUCCCAGGACCCCGACUGCCGCAGAGGACGUUAAAGGCUACUUCGCUCCUUGUCUGGUAAAAUGACUAGUGUUCCUGGUCCUUUGAUUUGGGAGAUCGUGAAGAAGAACAACUCGUUUCUCGUCAAGGAGUUUGGGAAUGGGACUGCUAGUGUGCGAUUCAGUAAGGAGAGCAACAAUCUCUAUAACGUUAGCUCCUUCAAGCACUCAGGGCUUGCAAACAAGAAGACAGUUUCGAUUCAACCUGCUGGCAAAGAUCUUUCUGUGAUGCUUGCGACGUCCAAGACGAAGAAGCAGAACAAGCCUGCAAAUUCUCUCCACAAAUCCGUCAUGAAGAACGAAUUCCGUAGGAUGGCUAAGUCUGUUAUCAACCAGGUUGCAGAUAACUACUACAGGCCAGACCUGAAGAAUGCGGCCCUAGCAAGGCUUAGUGCUGUGCAGAGGAGCCUCAGGGUUAGCAAAUCAGGUGCCAAGAAAAGGAACAGGCAGGGGGUUAAGGUCUGCGGUAGAAAGUGAAUCAAGAAAUGAAUUUUUGUUAUGUGGUUCUUAGGUUUUUCUUUUUAAAGCUUUUUCUUCCUUUGGACUCACCAUUUUACAUUUGGUAGUGAAUUGGAGAGGCUGAGCCUUUUCUUUGGAAAGCUGGAAUAUAUUUUUGGACUUGAAUUUUGGU